GUCACUCGGUACCACCGCUUUAGUUCCAAACACUUACUGAGUGAGCAGCUGUAGUGUAGUAGGUUCCAAUCGCCACACCAGUGCAGGACCACCGGCCGGACUGUCUGCUCGCCCCGACGCCCGCAUGGAGGCAACAGCCGGCCGCAGACGCUGCGCCCCUGUCCGCUCCCUCACGGAACCUCCUUGUCCAGUCUGAAGGCGGGUUGGAUGGUGCUUGGAAAUAAGAAGAUCACUUUCGACCCGAGAGGAUUUUUUUUUAAGGCGAGCUGGUCCUGUCUGUCGAUUUUUUCAUUAUUUUUUCUACUUUUCUUUUCGCGUCUUGUGAAAAAGAGCAUCGAUGAAUUCGGAUAAAAAUGUUUACCUCGGUAGAGACAAAGGCAUCAUGCGGAAAAGAGCCUUGCUCCUCCGGAAGGGCUGCAGCUUCGAGAUUACCAGCUCGGCCUCGGAAGACUUGGGCUGCAGGCGUGGAGACUUCAGCAGGAAGCACUACGGCUCCGUGGAGCUGCUGAUAAGCAGUGAUGCAGAUGGGGCCAUUCAGAGGGCGGGACGCUUCAGGGUGGAGAAUGGCUCCACAGAUGAGACUUUGGACCACACCCCUGGUACCUGGAGGAGAACUGACGUCCAUCUGGAGAAUCCCGAGUACCACACCAGAUGGUUUUUUAAAUACUUUCUGGGAAAAGUCCAUCAGAACUAUGUGGGCACGGAUGCAGAGAAAAACCCCUUCUACCUGUCAGUGGUGCUCUCAGACCAGAACAACCAGCGAGUGCCGCAGUAUCGAGCCAUCCUGUGGAGAAAAACGGGGACCUUGAAGAUCAGCCUCCCCUACAGCCCGACAAAAACAAUAUCAGUCAAGUCCAUCCUGAGCGCAAUGAACAUGGACAGGUUCGAGAGGGGCCCCAGGGAGAUCCUCAACCCUGACAUUCAGAAGGAUCUACUGGUGCUAGAAGAACAAGAGGGCUCCGUCAACUUUAAAUUUGGUGUACUAUUUGCCAAAGACGGACAACUCACAGAUGAUGAAAUGUUUAGCAACGAAAUGGGCAGCGAGGGCUUUGACAAGUUUCUCAAUCUGCUGGGCGACUCCAUCACACUGCAGGGAUGGGCGGGCUACAGGGGAGGUCUCGACACCAAGAACGACACUACAGGGAUCAAGUCCAUCUACACCGUGUAUCAGGGCCACGAACUCAUGUUCCACGUGUCCACCAUGUUGCCGUAUUCUAAAGAGAACAAACAACAGGUGGAGCGAAAGAGGCACAUUGGAAAUGACAUUGUUACCAUAGUGUUCCAGGAGGGCGACGAAGCCUCGUCGUCCUUCAAACCCUCCAUGAUCCGAUCGCACUUCACUCAUAUAUUUGCAUUAGUUAGAUAUAACAGCCAGAAUGACAGCUACAGGUUGAAGAUAUUUUCAGAAGAGAGCGUGCCGCUGUUUGGACCUCCCCUCCCCUCGCCGCCCGUGUUUACUGAUCACCACGAAUUCAGGGACUUUUUACUAGUCAAAUUAAUCAAUGGAGAGAAAGCCACACUGGAGACGCCAACAUUUGCCCAGAAGCGUCAACGAACCCUGGACAUGUUGAUCCGCUCGCUCUACCAGGACCUCAUGCCCGACCUGCAUAAGGUCCCUUUUUCCCCGCAGAACAUGUUGAACCGGCGCUCCUUCAGCGACGUGCUGCCCGAGUCGCCAAAGUCGGCGCGCAAGAAGGAAGAGGCGCGGCAGGCUGAAUUUGUCAGGAUAGGCCAGGCCCUCAAGCUGAAGACCAUUGUGAGAGGAGACGCCCCUACCAGCCUGGUCACUACCGGUCUGUGCAGAAAGGAGCCAUGGGAGUCGCAGUCCUUCUGCAGCACGUUCCCCUAUGAGAUCGUGUGCGCCGACUCCUGGGGUCAGUCGCUGCUGGUGGCCACCGACACAGCGGGGGUCGUCCUGCUGGAGGGACCCGAUCCACCCUUGUCCUGCACCGAGGCGCAGGCUCUCCCCCCGGUGCAAGUGUUUGACAAGACGCUGCUGGUGAAGCAGAUGCACAUUCUCGAGCCUCAGGACCUGCUCAUCACCAGGGCAGACAAAGGGAAGGAUGCUCGGCUGUACGUGUUCCGACUAAGCACGCUCAAGAGAGGCCUGGAGGAGCGGCAGCUGGCCAGGAGCAAGUGUGACAGCCGGGAGAAUAAACUUGAGAAAACUAAAGGGUGCCAUUUGUACUCCAUCAACACCCAUCACGGCUCUUUGCUGAGGAUCGUGGCGGCCAUCAGGAACAAGCUCCUCCUCAUCACCAGGAAGCGCUUUGAGGGCUUCAGCGCCAUGGGAGCAGACUCGCCGGUGGAGGAGUUUCAAUACAUACGGGAGAUCUGUCUGUGCGACCCGCCUGUGGUGAUGGCGCUGGUGGACGGGCCGACGGGCGAGAACGACAACAUGAUCUGCGUGGCCUACAAGCAUCAGUUUGACCUGAUCAACGAGAGCACCGGCGACGCAUACCGGCUGCACCACGUUGACGCCAACAGGGUGAAUUUUGUGGCAGCGAUCGACAUGUACGAGGACGGCGAGGCGGGUCUGCUGUUGUGUUACAAUUAUAUUUGUUACUAUAAGAAAGUUUGUCCCUUCAACGGCUCCACGCCCAUGAUCCAGUCUAACACAUCCGAUUUCCACUUCAGCUGGAACCAGAUGCCCAACGCUAUAGUAUGCGCCUUCCCGUAUAUCUUGGCCUUCACGACCGACUCCAUUGAGAUCCGCCUGGUGGUCAACGGCAACCUGGUGUACACGGCGGUGGUCCCCGAGCUGCAGCUGGCCUCCUCGCGGUCGGACAUCUACUUCCUCUCCUCGGCCCCGGUGAGCUCGGCCUCCAACUGCAGUUCGAGGGAGACCAGCUCUCAGAGUUCCCCGCAAACGCCCACCGGCUACGAGAUGCCCGUCUUCCCCUUGCCCCUUGGCGACGAUUCUAUACGGAUCCCCUACGGUACCAAGCUCUCGCUGUACAUGUCGAAGGAUGCUGAAGGGGACUCGUCCUGCAAGCACGUCUUCAAGAUCCCGCUGUGCAACCUGGUGGGCCGCAGCAUCGAAAGGCCCCUCAAGUCGCCGCUGGUCAACAAGGUGCUGACGGCGCCGUCGGCACCCAUUGCCGCCACUGCCAUUGCCUCCACGCCCCACAUCUCGGCCACGCACUCGCUCUCGCUGUCCCGCAUGGAGAUCAAGGAGAUCGCCAGCCGCACGCGCAAGGAGCUUCUGGGCCUGACAGAAGAACCCAGUGGGAAACCAGACAGCGGCACUUUGAAACAGAGAAGGAUGAGCAAGAAGAACGUGGAGGAAGACACUAAACCUCGAGCGCUCACGUCGACAAACAGUGACAGGUUGGACUCUGAAACAAGUGAGUCGGACCUGGAAGUCUGCGCCGCCUCGUCCCUCUUGGGGGCCGAGCCGGAGAAGUCGGUGCUGCAGGCGGAGAGUCCGCCGCUCGCCAGCACCUUCGACCUUGCCGCUUCCUUCCAGGAGGACGUCCUAGACCUCAAGUGAAGACAAUCCCAUCGUGCACUUCUUUCCAAAAACCUUUGCUCUCCUUCCUUUUGCUUGCCGUUCUUCUUGAGUUUGAUUUUGGCCUCCUUGUGAGGGUCUCCUUCCGCCGGACCAUACCAGUCAAACUACCCAAAGAAGCGACGCCCGUUCAUCCCAAACUGAAUGUAAAACAUUCACCACAAUUCACUCUUUCAUUCACGCACCUGCUCAAAGACCACUGUCUGGUGUGCAUAUUUCUAGGUAUAUCCUGUAAAAAUAUAUAUAUUUUAUUGUCAUAUUUAGUCCUGUGUUCUAUUCAGCGUGCAGGUAAACAGAAUUUGACAUUAUAUGCUUUUUCCUAGCAACCACCAUAUGAAAACAUAGUAAUCCAAACAUCCCAUAAUGUAGUAUAAUACAUGCUCUUAGCAAACACAAAGAGCCUUUACUGCAGGGGUGUCUAACUCAUUUUAGCUCAGGGGCCGCAUGGAGGAAAAUCCAUUCCCAAGUGGGCCGGAAUGGUAAAAUCAUGGCAUGAGAACUUCAAAAUAAAGACAGCUCCCGGUUGUUUACUUUGUUUUACUUUGGCCAAAAAUAGAACAAACACAUUGUGAAAAUGUACAAAUCACAAAUAAUCCUCUGGAAAAAAAACACUUCAAGUUUUUUGAAAAUUCUGAGGAAAUUGGUGCAGUUUCAAAAACACAAUGAGUUUAGACGUGGUCUCAGUUUAUCUACAAAACCAGGAUUAAACUUUAAAUCGCAGUCUUUCUGGGAUUGAACAAAUAACACAUGUAAACUCUUUGAGGUAUCAAACACCUCCUUUGUCAUAUCCAUGUAUCAAUCCAGAGUUAACUUAGCAAAAACCGUGAGAAUCAGAGGUAAAAACUAUUCAAAAGGGUUAAGUUUUCUCACUAAAUUUUCAUACCUUAGUUGGCGUCUGUCGUGGCGGUAAUCCUAGAACCGGUUUGGCCUCUAAUGGCUCUGAUAUUCCGAAGCGUUUUGGGUGUAUAGUUUUAUCUAUUAUUAUUAUUAUUAUUAAUGUUAUUUUUAUGGAAAAAGGACAACAACGAGGCAUCUUGCAAUGCUAAAAGUUGAUUUUCAAGACAAAAAAUUAUUUUCAAGGUAAAAGUUGAUUAUCCGAGUACAAAAAACACUACCGUCUAAUCUUAAAACCCACACAAAGACAUUGUUGGGGAGUAAGGGUGCCAAAUAAUGAAGUGUUUGAAGCGGAAGACACAAAACGUCAGGUUUUAAGUUUCCACGCUUUACUUUGUACCUCUUGCUGGUCCUAAUAGAAUUGCUAUUGUGACAUCUAGUGGACACAUUCAGAACAGCAGCUUCUUUCAUUAAAAGAAAAAAAAUGCAACUCAUUUUAAUACUUGGCAAACUCAUCAAGCGGGCCGGUUAAAACCUGUUGGCGGGCCUGAGCUGGCCCACGGGCCUUAUGUUUGACACCCCUGCUUUACUGAUUUUGUGCAUUGCCUGGCUUCUUUACAGCCAGGUGAGGGCGCUGUUGUGCCAGUGCCAGCUUUUUCUUUUUAUUAAUUGGUAAAACUGCUUUUAAGUUGUAUUUUAAACGGUUUAAAGCAAAGUUUUACCAUAGCAGGUAGUCCUGAACAAUUUUAAACAGGCUACAGAUAAUCAUUUUCCUCGAAAUACCAAAGUUGUAAGCAUCUGUCACGAUAGUUUGGCAUUUCCUAAUACAGAGAAUCUAGACAUGGCAGUUCAGUUGGUGACCGCUAUGGGCAGUGGUCCACGCCACGCCUACAAGUUAUGACGUGGGCAAAAUGCGUUCGCAAUUUACCGUCGCCUCCGUGUCUCGUAUCUGUCGUUUUAACCGCGGCUGACACGGUCAAAGUCCCUCGGAGGAGUUCGUUAUAGAGGACGGAAACCAAGAUGACGGACUUCCUGUUCAUUUCCGGAUUUGGGGUUCGUAAGGCGAACGCUUCCAGCGAUUGUCGUGACGAUAUGCGAGUCUCUAUUUUUUUUUUUUCAAACUUUAGAGAUGGCGCAAAAAAGUUACUCAAUUAAAGCAAAGUGUCCUUGCUUUUACAUGACUAAUGUAGUGGAAAUGUAUUUUCAGAUUAAACACUGCUGUUGUUACAUACAGCCUCGUGAGGUCCUAAAGUUACACACGUUAAAAAUAACAACCACAUAACGAACGACUUUUAUGUUAAAACGGUAUCUUUCUUGGUUGCAAAUACUCAAUAAUAAACGACUUUUAUAGUUGGAAAAAAACGGUAAAUAUACAUUUCUUGGUAGCAAAUACUCAAUAAUAAACGACUUUUGUAGUUUGAAAAAAGGGUAAAUAUAUAUUUCCGGGUGCGUCCAACUGUGCUAACAUUGGUACGAGAGCUCCACCUGGUGGUGGAUUUGUGUCACAACAGCCUUCAGAUCGCCUGCAUGAGCUCCUCACCAUCCUUUUCCUCUCCUGCUCGUGUCCUCCAAGGUGGUUGAAGGUGAUGUUUACAAAGAUGCUGUGUUCAUUAUGACUUUUUAUUCCCGUUUUGUUCUUUCCUUCCUACCUCCCUCUUGGCAUUUGGCUGUUUUUUUGUUGUUUUGUAUUGACAUCUGUAUUUCCUCUUGCUGAAUCUCUCUGUGAUAUCAAAACGGAAAAAAAAAAUUCACGAGAAAAAGGACAAAAAAAAACACCAAGUGUCUUAAAAUAUUGUAUCGCCAUCGUUUUUAAUGCCAAGUACUACUUGUAAAUGUUUGUGUAUCAAAUGUGGCCUCAAAUGAUGAAGCAGAGAUGAAGAGUUAUUAUUACAAUGAAUUGAUAUUAUAAUUAUUGUUAUUGGAGCAGUUAUUUUAAACGAGUGCUGUAGACCACCGCUGUGAAAGUAGUUCUGUUUAUUGAUAUGUAAUAAAUAUUUAUGGAAUUUAA